AUGCUACUGAUUGAUCAGGAGCAUAAGGGUACGUUGAUGUGGCGUUUUGUGCGAUACUGUUCGGAUAGUUUGCGUAGGCCCAAACGAGGUCGUAUAUUCUUAAUAACAUAUCUUGCGUAUGCCACCUUGUAUGCAACACGGAAGCCCUUUUCCGUGGUGAAAACGGAUGUGCAGGGCUCCCUGAAUAUAUCGACUGACUGGCUGGGUAUAAUUGACACCUGCUUCCUGGGAGCUUACGCGAUUGGACAGCUGUUGAUCCCGACAUUAUUGGCAAGGUAUCCUACGAUGUCGGCUUCAGCAAUUUUAGUUGUCCUCUACGGUGGAAGCGGGUUGGCGUCUUUCACGUUUGGACUGGUAUCGUCACCGGCGAUAUUCAGUAUUCUAUGGAUCAUUAACGGGUUGCUACACGCUGCAGUGUUCCCGUUAUUAAUUACAUGUCUUUCUCCAUGGUUCAAUAGUUCACAGCGCGGCAAGGUCAUGGGAGCCUGGACUACGAGUCAGCAAACCGGCGCGAUUGCGGCGACUGGUUUGAGUGCCUGGAUGUCCGCUCACCUAGGUUGGCGGUCGGCCUUUACCAUUCCCGGGAUCUUUACCUUUGUCUUUGGCAUUUUCGUCGCCUGGGCGAUGCAGGGUACCUUGACGGAUGGGACCAAUGUCCACAGCCACCAAAGUCCGCUGCCAAUGGACGUCGAAAUGGGCCGAUUAGAUACCUGGACAUCAAGACCCAAGACGGAGGUUGCAGAAGACAUGAUCGAAGUCGUCUCCGCCAACGGUAUGACCUUGGAGAACGUGGAAUCGGGACCAGGCACCGAAAGCAGCGCUGCCGGCCCGGACCCCAGGUCUAUGGACCCGAGGGAGCUACGGGGCACGCGACAGAAGGACCUGGUGGAGGUGAAUCCGCAGACGCCUCCGCAGGGAAGCCAGUCGAGUAUGAAUUCGGUUGUCGCCAGCAGCAGCGGAGUUAGCUUAGGUAGUAUCACGGACGUGAAGUCCGUGUCCUGUAGUUACUUUUGCGUCAAGUGCAUUCGCUACAGCCUCUUGUUCUGGCUGCCCUACUACCUCGCCACUGAGCUGCGCUACCCUCACGAAGUUGCAGGCUAUACCAGCAUCAUUUUCGAUGUGGGCGGCGUCCUUGGAGGCAUCGGUGCUGGUCAGGUCGCCGACCGACUCUUCAGAGGCCGACGCAUUUUCGUCGCUAUGUUUGCCUGCCUUGCAGGCACCCUCUCUCUCAUCGCCUUCUCCCUGUUCGCCGGCUCAAGCAAACUCGUCGCACUCUUCAUGCUUGGCGCCAUCGGUAUCGCCAUAGCCGCUGCCGACUCCAUCAUCGGCGGCAGCGCCGCCACCGACCUCUGCGAAAGAGCCAAGUGCUCCGGAAGCACCAUUGGAGCUGUCUCGGGUAUCAUUAACGGCUGCGGUUCCGUUGGAGCUGUGCUACAGGGUUAUCUGACAAGUCGGUUGACACAGUCGGUCGGCUGGCCGAGCUUUUACCUCAUCUUGUCUGGUGUCUGCUUGUGCGGGAGUGCAUUUUUGGUGGUGCCAGCCGUGCAUGAGUUGGCUAGUGUUAGGGCACUCAGUUGA